AUUUAUACGUACAGAGAGGGCGCAAGUUAUCUUCGUCUAGAUAUAGACGUAUAGAGAAAGAUAACUGGACGAAUAUUUUAGAGAGGGAAAACCAGCGCCAGCCGCCAAGGACUGGAGAACUAGGGUUCUUUUGGCUCGUACGGCCGUACCUGUCCGCGAAUCCUCACUCUGCUGUUUCCGCGCUGUUUACGUCGAGUUUUCGGGUUCUGAGUUCCGGGAGCCGGAAAAGGGGAAAACUAUCGGAUCCUUCAUCUGUCUCUCAGAUCUGGUAUUUAGAUUGGAGCUCUCGCUCAGUCUUCACUAGGCAGAUGGAUCUUUCAAUGUAGUUAUUGGGAUUCGUUCGCUUCCUCUCUCCUGAUUUUCUGUCCCCUGUCAUCAGCUGUUUUGCCAAAUCACUGAUCUUUUUUGGUUCGCACCUGUGUGCCUCUUUGAAUGAUUGUUUCUGGAUUGAGUGAAUAUUUGGCUCAAUCACAAUCGGCUUCUGAGUUGGGCUCUCAUUUGAGAGUGCGGGGUAGGCUACUCUCUGCAGUUUCCAUCUCUGUUGCCGGUUGUGAGAUCUGUCUUUCUCUUGUCCUAUGAUGUCUCCUAACUUGGACAGUCCCGUUCAGACCCAGAUGGCUGUGGUACCCUUAAGAAUCCCACUUGUUGGGGAAUACCCUGUAAACAAGAGGAUGGAUGGGAAACCUAUGACCGGAAGAAGACGCGUAUUCGUUCAAACAGAUUCUGGAUGUGUUCUGGGCAUGGAGCUAGAUCGCAGUGACAAUGCACAUACUGUUAAAAGGAGAUUGCAGAUUGCCCUCAAUUUCCCGAUUGAGGAGAGUUCUUUGACUUUUGGUGAUAUGGUUUUGAACAAUGAUCUCAGUGCAAUUCGGAAUGAUUCCCCUCUACUUUUGACUAGGAACACUUUGCAUAGAAGUUCAUCAACACCCUGCCUUUCUCCCACUGGCAGGGAUGUCCAACAUAGGGAUUGGAGUGGUCCUAUUGAGAUAUUGGGGAACUCUAGCAGCUUUGCAAAGACGAAACAGACUGUCAAGGAAAUUGUUAAGGCAAUGAAGGCAGGAGUUGAACCCCUUCCCGUCAACGGUGGACUUGGAGGAGCAUACUAUUUUAGAAACAGCAGAGGGGAGAGCGUUGCUAUUGUGAAGCCAACAGAUGAAGAACCCUAUGCUCCCAACAACCCAAAAGGAUUUGUGGGCAAAGGUCUUGGGCAGCCUGGCUUGAAACGGUCGGUUAGGGUUGGUGAAACAGGUUUCAGAGAGGUUGCUGCAUAUCUUCUUGAUUAUGAUCAUUUUGCCAAUGUCCCACCAACAGCUUUGGUGAAAAUCACACAUUCAAUAUUUAACGUUAAUGAUGGUGUGAACGGAAACAAGCAUAUUAACAACAAGAAGAAGCGUUUUGUUAGCAAGAUUGCAUCUUUUCAGCAGUUCAUCCCUCAUGAUUUUGAUGCCAGCGACCACGGAACGUCAAGUUUCCCUGUUUCUGCUGUGCACCGGAUUGGGAUAUUAGAUGUUAGGAUUUUUAACACAGAUAGACAUGCCGGAAAUCUUCUAGUCAGGAAACUUGAUGGUAUUGGGGGGUUUGGUCAGGUGGAACUCAUUCCCAUUGAUCAUGGUCUCUGUUUACCAGAAAACUUGGAGGAUCCAUAUUUUGAGUGGAUUCAUUGGCCACAGGCUUCCAUUCCAUUCUCUGACGAUGAGCUUGAUUAUAUAGAUAGACUUGACCCUCUAAAAGACUCUGAGAUGCUGCGAACUGAGCUACCUAUGAUUCGUGAAGCCUGUCUUCGAGUCUUGACCCUGUCCACCAUUUUCCUCAAGGAAGCAGCUUCCUAUGGACUGUGCCUUGCUGAGAUUGGUGAAAUGAUGAGUAGAGAAUUCCGUAGUGGCGAAGAGGAACCAAGUGAGCUUGAAGUUGUUUGCAUUGAGGCUCGAAGGCUGGUUGCUGAGAAGGAAUUACUCCCUGCACUUGGUUCUGUACUUGACGAUGAUGAGUUUCAGUUUGAGAUAGAUUAUGAAGAAGAUAUGACCGGACUCUAUUUUAAUCCAAAAAUGCCCUUCUCUGAUUUCACAAGCAAGAAUCAUUUUCAUGCUUCACUGUCAAAACUGGAUGAAAGCAUUGAGGAGGAAGAGGAGAACUGUGAGGAAGAGAAAAAGAUUUCCACCAAGAAUGCAACUGUUUUAAAGCUAUCCACGUCUCUUAAGAAAACCAGUUUGCUAGGAGGACCAAAGCUAGAGAGUUCAUCAUCAUCUUCUGGCCACCGUAGUGCAAACGAGCAGCUUCCCGCAAGUGCCAGUUUUGUCAAGGUGUCAGAUAUGAACGAGGAAGAGUGGGCAGUAUUUCUAGAGAAGUUUCUCGAGCUGUUGCCACCAGCCUUCGGGAAGAGGAAGUCAGUGACUCUUGGUCAGAGGCAGAGGCAGAGGCUUGGAACUUCAUGCCAGUUUUGAGGCAUUUUUACUGUCUCUCACUUAUUAGUGCACACUGGGAGUAGUAAUAACAAUUUCCAGGCUUGUUGAAGCGAGAGAAAAGAUAGAUUCCUAUCUCCCCUGAAGAUGGAGGCAGCAAGGAGCAGUAGUGUUUUAGUAGGGCUGUUUUCUCCUUUUUUGUAAAUAUUGCUGGAGGGUAGCAAGCUUGGGGGGAAGCGGGUUAGACUUGGUUGCAUUUAUUUGUUACACAUGUUUCUUUCUUUCUUUUUCUUUCCCCUCCUUUCGCCUUGUUACUGAGAAGAUAUGUUGGAUAAAUAAUUUGGGGACUCCCAAAACACAAAAAAAAAACUUUUAUGUAGAUAGCUGCUCAAACUCUGUGUUUGUUUAGAGACGUGUCUAAAUAUCUUAUCGACUGUUGAAUUACUAGGCUUUUUUCCUAAUAACAAACCAUCUCUGGC